ACACGCCUGUAGUGUAGGCCUACUGUUCAUCGGCAUCUCAGCUCAGCUAACUUUCGAUGCUGGCACUUCAUGAAGUUCAUGUUCCUGUGAAUUGUCGUUAAUGUUUGGAGCUGUAACAUAGCCACAUGUGGGGUUCUUAGAUCUAAUGCUCACUCCCUCGAAACUCAAACGUCUCUGACUGUGUGACCCUUCAAAGCGUAGUUUGCCAGUGAACAGUUUGCGUCGAUGGCUUCUAUUCUACACCUCAGAGUCCCCCUCGUCUUGGGCAUCGUACUACUCCAAGUCAUCGUACCCACCGCCUGGUCAACGACGACGUCGUCCAAUGACCAGUUCGUCUACGAGGAUGUCUUCAAUGAUCCUCGUCGUGAUGCACAGAUCAAGGAGAGCUUCCCUGAGGGGUUCAUCUGGGGUGUAGGAACGUCUGCCUACCAGGUAGAAGGAGCUUGGAAUGAAGACGGGAAAGGCCCGUCAGUAUGGGACACGUUUACCCACACGCCAGGCAAGAUCCAUGAGAAUCAAAAUGGCAACGUGGCCUGUGACAGUUACCAUAGAUACGCUGAUGAUGUCCGCUUGAUCUCUGGCCUCGGUGUGACCCACUACCGCUUCUCGUUUUCCUGGUCACGAAUAUUCCCCAAGGGGUUUGUCGAUGAGGUGAAUCCUGCAGGGGUGCAGUACUACCACCGUCUGAUUGAUGCGCUCCUGGCUGCCAACAUCAAACCUGCGGUUACCCUCUACCAUUCUGAUCUUCCAAUGGCGUUACAGGAGCUCGGUGGAUGGGAAAAUGAGAUGAUGGUGGUCUAUUUCAACGACUAUGCUGAUUUCUGUUUCAAGGAGUUUGGUUCGAAGGUGAAAAUGUGGUUCACCAUCAACCAACCCAGAAUCGACGCUGUGCUUAGUUACGAAGAAGCCAUCUUUCCUCCCGGGAGGAGGCAACCAGGAUAUGGGGUGUACAGGGUAGUUCACGUCAUGCUCAAGGCGCAUGCGCGUGCCUGGCAUACUUACGAUAUAAAAUAUCGUAAGGAACAAAAAGGUGUGCUGUCGCUCGUCAUCGGGGCCGGAUGGGUCGAGCCGUUGACCGAGGCGGAAGCUGACGUGGAAGCCGCAGAGAGGGGGAGGCAGCUGGAGGUUGGUCUUGUGGCCAAUCCAAUAUUCGGCAAUGGUGACUACCCGGCAUUAAUCAAGGAGUGUGUGGGUAAUCGUAGUCUAGCACAGGGCCUUACUACAUCAAGACUGCCCAGCUUUACCGAAGAAGAGAAGCGAUUGCUCGAAGGAACCGCUGACUUCUUUGCUCUAAAUCAUUACACGUCCAGAUAUGCCAAGCACAAGAACCCAUCAGAGAUGAAAAUACCAUUUUUGAAUGACGACAUUGGAAUCGAGAUAGCAGCGAAUGAGACAUGGCCAGAAGCAUCAUCGCCAUGGAUAAAGAUUGUUCCAUGGGGCUUGAGACGUCUUUUAGCCUGGAUCAAGACUACCUAUGGUGACGUACCUAUCUACGUCACAGAAAAUGGCGUCUCGGAACCGGACGGUCCAAUGAACUUGAACGAUGACGUCAGAUCUAAGUAUCUUCGUGCGUACAUUAACGAGGCACUCAAAGCUUCCCACCUAGAUGGCGUCAACCUACGGGGCUACUUUGCGUGGUCAUUGAUGGACAACUUUGAAUGGUUUCAAGGAUACAGUGACCGCUUUGGCUUACACCACGUAGACUUCACUGAUCCUCUGCGCCGCAGAACGCCAAAGGCAUCUGCGCAGACAUACGCAACCAUUGUCAGAGACAAUGGUUUCAGGCCAAAAAAAGUGGACAGCAAGGAUGAACUAUGACAUGUACCUUGACCUAGGUUAUCAGCCGUUUAACCUGUUGACCACCGAAUUCUAUCAUUCCCAUAGGCUUUAUACAGGGACUACCCGGUACUAGUAGGCAAUGGGUUAAGUGUGUGAAACAACUGAAAUAACAGUGUAGUCCUGCUGAAAAAGUAAACAGUACUCCAUGUAGUCUAGUUAAGGGGUGGGAAGGGUGCAUAUAUGUCCUGGGGGUGUUUCACAGAGAUCCUAAGUCGAAUUCAACUCUUAGUUGGACUUAAAUAUUAUGGAGAGCCAUU